UGUUUGGAGGACGGACUCCAUCAUUUACAGAAGUGAGAAGUUCCUGGUUUGCCAGUGACGACCGAAGAAAAGCGGCAUUAAAUCAUCCAGACGUCCAGAAUGAAAGUCCGUCACGCUUUGAUCGGCUUCCUCUUCUUCACAGCGCUGUGGGAUGCGAACACCGUCUUCAGCGCAGAAACCUCCGUCCUCACAGCGAAGGAGGGAGGAAACUUCACACAUGGCUGCCAGUUCUCCCUCCCUCUCUUUGGUAAAACGAAGACCUUCUGCAGGAGCACAUGCCGGGAAGAAGACGUCCUGAUUCAAACGACCGAUGACGCGGCUCGGCGUGGCAGAUACAGCAUUCAAUACACACCAGGAGCGUUUGCUUCAGUUCUGGAUGUGAGCAUCACGGAGCUGACCAAGUCUGACGCGGGACGGUACAGAUGUGGCUUGAACAGGAAGUGGCUUCAGAGUUUAAAGGAGGACUUUGAGAUCAGAGUUGAAGAUGCUCCGGUCGAAUCCAAACCGACCUCGACUGCUGGAGCGCUUUCACCGUCGGUCCCGUCAGCCUCCGGUCCGACAACAGCGCCGAGUUUAAGCUCCAGUUCAGGAAGCUCCACACCUUCAUCAGCCUCCCCCGAAGCCUCCGAGCAGCCUGAGCAGCAGCAGACGCCUGCCGCAGCUUCAGGUUCAGGUGUGCUGCUGCAUGUGGGCCUGACUCUGCUCGCCAUGAUCGGCGUGUUAUCGGCAGCUGUGCUGAUCAUCUGCAGGAAGAGGGCCAGUAAACCCAAAGGGCUUUCAGAGCGUCCUCUGGAAACCGAGCACACUGACGUCACAGGGGCUAACCGAGUGUACGAGGAGGUCCAAGAGGAGAGCAGACAGCGCAGACCUCCUCCCGAUCAAACAUCUACAGUUUACUCUUACGCCAAAUUCUCCAAACCGAACGCAGCUGCAGCCUCCGAUGAGCACGGCUGUGCCGCCGCAGCCAGUCCUCACAAGACAGCUGAAGACGAGUCCAGUAAACUCACCUACUCUCAGGUGUUUUUUCGCAGCGGUGCCUCGCUCAACAGCACCCCCUGUGGGGAUGCAGAGAAUGGCGUCUGCUCUACGCCUCGGGGUGGAGAAGCUCCCCCGCCUCUCUACUCCACUCUUGCUUUCCAUCAGCUGUAGCUUCGGUGCUGUCGGCAGCCAACAGGUGAACACGGAAAGGUCUGAGUGAGUCGCGUCACACAGAAACCUGUUGAACUAUUAAUCCAUCCACAUUGUUCUGGUGUGAGAUGCUGAGUUGUGGAGAUGUCUGCCUGCUCUUGAAUGUAAUGGAAGUUAAUCGUGCAGGGAUACGGUUGGUAGUUGUAGUUUGGUGGAGAGAAAAUAGUUCCCACAUGAAACUGCUCACAUUAAGGUCUGUGGGUUAUGAUUCCUGGAAACACACUGAUGGUGACUUUUUUUUUUUUUUUUUAAGCUGAGUGCCGAUGCUGCCGAUCCUUG